GUUUUAUUCAAUACAACCACGACUUAUUUUAAUUCUAACUAUGUUUCAUAUUUGACGUGAGUAGCAUGAGUCAAGACUUUUGCAUGGAUUAUUCAAAUGGACCACACAAUCCAGUUGGCACUAAUAUAAACUGGGGUACUGCACUGUUAGAAAAAGGUUCGAAACGAAAAAGAACAGACUUCAACGAGUCCGUGAAUAAAAAAUUUAACAAAGCAAAAAAAACGUUUUUAAACUUUACAAGUGAGGAUGGAAUAUAUCACGCGGAAAACACGAAUCUUUCCCCGCACAAUUUUAAUCAUAGACAAGAAGAUAUAAUUUACCUUCCAUUAAAAUCAUGUGUAUUUAUUAACUUGACUAGCUACGAUGAAAUAAGUAUUCAUAGUGGAAAUUUCUUUUUUGGAGAUGAGCGAGGAGUUUAUGAGAGCACAAGUGCAGGUGUUGCAUUAAACUUUAUGAGACAGAGUACAAAAGAAAAGAAAUUAUACACUGCAAGAUCAUUUAUUUUUACUGAUCCUUUGAAAGCUCAAGAAAUCUACGAACGUUUAUUAUCUACCUAGUAGCCUACUUUAUUUAGACCUUUGAUCUACUUUAUUAUUAACUUUGUUGUCCACUUUAUUUAUUUAAUCAAAAAAUAACCUUUAUAAUU